AUGGGCGACACGCUGACAUUGCUGUCUGUCCAUACUGACCUGGAGCAUGCUGUUACCCUGGCUUCUCAAGCAAAAGUCAAGGAGGCCUUGGAUUUAUGCUCUUCAGUCAUGGAGGUUGUUUGUACACAUAUCGAAAUAUUAGGUUUGGUUGACCCUGAUGAGCCAGGCUCACCCCACUCGCCAACCACUGAAAAGGCAGCUGCACUCUUGUUGGGCGGAUUUGACCGUCUUGGAUCUGAAACUACAUCUAAACCCUCAACCACUGCUCAUCCAAAAACAGCUGCAGUAAACCAUAGCCAACACAAUAACAAGGUGCUGGAUUCUGAAUCCACUGCCAAGAGCAACAGUCAUGUCAAGGGUGAUUUGGCAAAUACAAACACUGGCACACAUUCAUUCUCUUGGGCAACUCAAGGAAGCGAUCUAAUGCCAUUGACAGUAGCACAUCGUAUCGAGUUUUGGCAGCAGGUUAAUAGUACAUGGCUUUUAGCAAUUCGAUGCGCAGGAACAUCGACAGAGAUGGAUUUGUUGCGUCAAGACACAACUGUGUUUACAGGUUCAAGGCGUGGAUCUAGAAGUCGCAGCAUUCGAGGAUCAAAGGCAUCAGCAACUGCUGCUGCGGCGGAUGCCGCUUCUACAGCUCAUGCUCUUAAUCUAUCCACAGCUACGGCAAAUGGUAAUGCAAAAACAGACUCAUCUCAGGCAGAUACCGAAGGCGAUCUGAGUUCUGCCAUGUUGAUCAAGGAUUGGAUCAUGCUUCGAGAUAACAUCAUCUCCUGUGGUGAUGUAUUGGAACUCUAUGGAUUGGUAGACUAUACGAUGGGGUUUGCAGAGUUGGAAAUUGUCGAGGCUAUUCAUGCACAAAUAAGCCGAAUGUAA